AUGAAGCGAGUGAAGCGGCCGCUGCCGUCGCCGCCCGCCUCGACGCGCCACGACGCCGCCCACCACAUGUCCAUGUCGUUUGACCAAAUGUCCCGCGUCAUGCAAGGGCAAAUCGAGUCGUGGGUUGCCAAGACGGCGUCCAUGUGGCACGCCAUGGCGCAUCGCGAGGCGGCGUGGGCCGACAUGCAAGCUCGCGCUGCCGACACCAUCGCGCGAGCGGCCAACGUUGUCGUGCUCAACGUGGGAGGCGUGCGAUUUGCAACGGCCAAGACCACGUUGUUGCGGUUCGACGGCAGUUUGUUUCACUCGCUCCUGGGAUCGACGUGGUCUGACGCAGGCAACAAAGAGCUCUUUCUCGACCUCCACGGCCCGACCUUUGAUCGCAUCGUCGGGUACCUGCGCAGCGGGCGCCUGUGCCUCGACAACCUGAAUGCAUGGGAACGCUCCCAAGUUCUGUUUUCCGUCGACUACUUAAACUUGCCCAAGUGCGCGGCCGACCACCAGACCGUCGACGACAGCAACUCGAUCGCACCGCCGGUCGAGCACGUCGCGACCGGUGGCGCGUGGCCCGACGGACCUGAGUUCCGCUGCAGGAAUCCGUGGGCUGGCGCCACACACGAAGCCCACGAGCCGCCCCCACCCGUCCGACCACCGUCCAGCCCGACGUUUUCGACGGUCUUGUUGGGCGAUACAGACUUGAGAAGCAGCGCACCGAUGCCGGGACUUGGGAGACCAGUGUCUUUGGCCGCCGACAGUGGCGACCACCGUCGUGAGUCGACGCCAACACCACCUACGAGUCCGACGUUCUCCCUGGUUUCGUUUGGAGAUGCGAGCACCGACAUGGACUGCGGCAGCUUGUCUAGCCCGUCGUCGGGACAAACGUCGACGCCGACGGCGUCAUCCAUUCACCCAGUGGCUGACAAUAUGAUUCCGUCGUCCCCUCCAACGUCGUGGCUCGAAGGAGGCGCGACGAUGCCGUGGACGUGGGACGUGGAAUUGUGCGCGAGCGACAUUGCGGUCAGCCGCGAUCGGCGCAUCGUAUACGUGUGCGGUCGCAACUUGCUUCGGUCCGUGCUGGGGGACACCCCCGUCGUGAUGUUUCGCGUGCGGCUGGACGACAUCUCGGGGGAAACUUACGUUGGGAUGGCGCCGAAGGUCGGGUUUGUGCCCAAGCACGCCAACCAAGGGUACUACCUUGGCCUGAAAAACGGGUGGCUGUGCGAGACGGCCGGGUUUUACGUCAAGGCGUACUAUGGCGGCCGGUUCGUGGACGGCGACGUGUUGACGGUGCAGCGGUGGCGGCGGCACAUUCGAUUUGCUCGCAAUGGCGUCGACUUGGGCAUCGCGUUCCAUGUCGACCCGACCCUCGAGCUGUAUCCAGUCGCUGCCAUGAAGCGACGGGCAAAAGUGUCUAUCGUCGACUAG